AUUUGUAGAUUGAUUAAUGGAAUCGUUCUCUGUCUUCCUCAGCGCAAAUAGCGCAAAAGACAUGGGAACUUGAGAACAACAUAGUUUCCAUGGAGACACCACCAACAAGUUCCGGUGACACCUCAUCAUCUUCUGAUGCAAUUUUCUACUACGACGAAGCGGCGCAAGCCAAGUUCCAGCAAGAGAAGCCCUGGGCCAAUGACCCUCACUACUUCAAGCGCGUCAAGAUCUCCGCACUCGCUCUCCUCAAGAUGGUUGUCCACGCGCGAUCUGGUGGCACCAUCGAAGUCAUGGGCCUUAUGCAAGGCAAAACCGACGGUGAUGCCAUCAUUGUUAUGGACGCUUUUGCUUUGCCCGUUGAAGGCACUGAAACUAGGGUUAACGCCCAGGCCGAUGCUUAUGAGUAUAUGGUUGAUUAUUCCCAGACUAACAAACAGGCAGGACGGCUGGAGAACGUUGUUGGGUGGUACCACUCUCAUCCCGGCUAUGGAUGCUGGCUUUCUGGUAUUGAUGUUUCAACCCAAAUGUUAAAUCAGCAAUUUCAGGAGCCAUUCUUGGCUGUUGUGAUUGAUCCAACAAGGACUGUUUCUGCCGGGAAAGUUGAGAUUGGUGCAUUCAGGACAUACCCGGAAGGAUACAAACCUCCAGAUGAUCCUGUCUCUGAGUAUCAGACCAUUCCUCUCAAUAAGAUUGAAGACUUUGGUGUGCACUGUAAACAGUAUUAUGCAUUGGAUAUUACUUAUUUCAAGUCAUCUCUUGAUUGCCACCUUUUGGAUCUUCUGUGGAACAAGUAUUGGGUGAAUACUCUUUCCUCUUCCCCUUUGCUUGGUAAUGGGGACUAUGUUGCAGGACAAAUUUCUGAUUUAGCUGAAAAGCUAGAGCAAGCUGAGAAUCAAUUGUCUCAAUCUCGUUACGGGCCCUUGAUAGCACCCCCUCAAAGAAGGAAGGAGGAAGAUUCUCAACUUGCUAAGAUCACCCGUGACAGUGCCAAGAUAACUGUGGAGCAAGUCCAUGGUCUAAUGUCACAGGUUAUCAAAGACAUCCUUUUCAAUUCCGUACGCCAAUCCAACAGGUCUCAUCCCGAGCCAUCUGGCCCUGAGCCCAUGAUUGAAACCUGAGGUUCUCCCCCUAUCUUAGUGCUUUCACAAACACAGCUGCAGCUAGAAAUGAAUGUUUUUAUCUCCUCUGCCUCCCUCACCCGCCAGACCGGAUUACAAUUUUAAAGAAGAAAAAAGAAGUCAGACAUUACAUUAAAUCCCAGGCUUCUGAAGUUUUUCCCUGAUGUAAAUCCUUUGUGUAUUCAUGGUUGAUUAAUUUGGGAUUUUCGGGUUCUUGCAUAUUUUGGAAUUAUUAUAAGCUAAUGAUAUUUUUAGCCUCGAUUCUGAGUGGA